UCACAAAAUUACAUGACUACCUACAAUAAUUAUUGACGAUGAAAGUUUAUUUUUAUUAUUUACUAGUCAACUAUUUAUGAUUUUUUGUUUUAACGCAUUCAUAUAAUUUACGUUUGAUGUAGUUAUUAUUAUUAAUUGAGUACUUUUUGUAUGUACUUUUAACAAAUAAUGAACAAUGGUUUUUAUUGUACCUAUCAUUCUUAAAAUAGUUCGACUUGGUUUCAAGGAUAUAACAAUACGUUGCCAAUCAACAAAACAAAAUUUGUCUACGUACUAUGAAACAUUAAACCUGAAACCAGGAUGUACAAAAAAAGAAAUACGUAACUCAUUUCUUAAACUAUCUAAAUUAAAUCAUCCAGAUGUAUGUGGUCCUUCUUCUAAUGAUAGAUUUGUACGUAUCAAUGAAGCAUAUAAUGUACUAAUAGAUGAAAAUAAGAAAAAGUUAUAUGAUGAAACACUAGUAUACCGUAAUAGCAAUCCAAUUCAUUAUCAUUACCGUGGACAUCAAAAUAAUGGAAGUUGGAAAGAGCAGUAUAACAAUCCAAAUAAUCAUUGGCUAGCAUCAAAUGUUGCUAUUGCAGGUAUCUGUCUUUCAAUACUACUUGUUGGAUCUCUAAUACGAUAUAAUGGUGUAAAAAAAUCUGUCUUAAUCCGAGGUUCAUUGAUGGAUGAAUCUGAUGAACGAUUGUCCUUUUUAGAAGAACAAAAAUUAAUGAAAAUUGAUAAAACUAAAGAUGAGCUUAUACAAAUAUUUGAACAAAAUGUUGAAAAAGAAUAUGGUUCUAUUGUAAAAAAAUAAUUUGUUGUUACCAUAUAUUAUUUGUUUAUAGUUUAUCAUUGUUAAUUCUUAUAUGUUUGAAAUAAAUUUGUAAAAAAUAUUUUUUUAUUCCAACACAUUUCUGUAUUUAUAAUAAUAAUAAUAUUAUCAUAAUAUAUUAGUUGUCACUAUUAAUAAUAAAGUUACCUUAAACAUA